AUGGAAGAUGUCAAGUUGACAUUCUUCAAUUUGCGGAUGAUACUCUUUUGGUUGGAGAAGGCUCUUGGAAGCAUGUGGGCUAUUAUGUCGGUGCCGAAAGCCUUUGAGCUUGUUUCAGGUCUUGGCAUUAACUAUCAUAAAAGUAAGUUGAUUGGCAUCAACACUAGUACCGAUUUUCUGGAUGUCGUGGCUUAUGUGCUCUCUUGUAAGGUGGAAGCUUGUAACUUUACUUUUCUUGGAAUUCCUAUUGGUGCUAAUCUGAGAAAACAUUUGACAUGGGUUCCUCUUUUGAAUAAGAUGAAGAAACGUCUUUCGGGUUGGAAAAAUCAUUUUCUUAAUCUUGGCGGUAGGAUUACUCUCUUGAAGUCCAUCCUUUGUGCUAUUUCUAUAUUCACUAUGUCUUUCUACAAGAUGCCAUCGAGGGUUGUCAAAGAGCUUACGAGUAUUCAAGGCAAAUUCUUAUGGGGGUUCGGAGGGAAAGAUAAAGAUUCAUUGGAUGAGUUGAAAGAAGGUGUGUAUUCCUCGUGA